AUGGCGGAUUCUAUGAACCCUCCCCUCUCGUACGAGGCCUCAGCCACAACUACUCAUCCGCAUGUCGGGACUACCCUCCCAACGGAGGUGAUUUCAUGUCUGAAGAAUUCUCGAUUCCUUCACCUUGCAACAUGUGAUGGCUUGACCCCGCACAUCUCGCUCAUGUCCUACACCUACCUCCCCUCGACUCCCUAUGAUCCGUAUCCGACGAUUAUCAUGACCACCAACCCUUCCUCUCGCAAAACCAACCAUCUGCUCACCAACCCUCGCGUGUCCCUUUUGGUCCAUGACUGGGUUUCGCACCGUCCGCCUACCCGGGCUCCCAACCCCGAUGGUCGCGAAGGGUCUCCCCCGCCUGCAGCCACACGGUCCUCUUUGGCGAGCCUGUUGUUGAACCUGAACACAAGCGCCCUUUCCAGUAUCUCUACAACUAUCGCCGGUACCGCGCGCUUCUUGGAACCUGGCUCGGAAGAGGAGGCCUGGUGCAAGAAGCAGCAUCUGGAGAACAACACCUUCGAGGAAGAGCUGGGCACUUUCGGGCAACAGUUGCAGCAGCAACCCGGUCAAAGACGGCCCAGUAUCUCAAUUGACAGCGAUGUCCGCGUCGUGACGGUUCAGGUGCGCGAGGGCCGCAUUGCAGACUGGAAGGGUGGCGUGAGGGAUUGGCAGUUGGUAUCGGAGGGUGAGGGCACGCAGGGAACGAUGGUCAAUGGCGUUGCGCCCGAGUAA